UGAUUCUCCCGAGCUUCACGGCGGUCUGUUUUUUUGAGCAGGGAUUUAGGAAUGUGGAGACCAGCAGCUACGUCACCCUCAAAUGGACCGGGGUACCGUCGUCUGAAAACUUUUCAAAAGCGUAUGAAUUUAUAACACAAACCCCUCGGUUGAGGUCAAGCAAGGGGGAUAAUAAGCUUGCCCCGACAUGAAGUGAUUGUUUCGGGAACGUAAUGCCAGGAGAUGAACGCUAGCUGCGUUUGGUGUUAGCAAGGAGACCAUUUUAAACAUCCUCGCUGCAGGACCACAACUCGUCUUCCACACACUGUGGGGAAACAUUUGCUGAUUGCUCGCAGUGUUUUGAUAACAUUCCUCUCCCGGGGACGCUCGGCUCGGGCUCCAUGGUAACGUGGCGGACGCCCAGCCUCGUUGUCGCGUUGAGCUGCCUGCAGAGGGGGCGGAACCGGAGAGGAGAGGAGCGACGGGUCCUCGAUUUCUUUCUCCCCGAUAAGGCGAAAUCAGCCGAAGAUGGUAAGGAGAGCACGGCUACGUCAGGACAGAGACAGCGUUAUAGCCAUUUCACGACGGAGCCUACUACCCAUACUCCAGUGACACCCAGGGGACCCACUCAUCAGCAGGGAUCCCAUCGCUCCUGAAUUCCCCGAUCAGCCAGCACUCUGUGCCUGUACCAGGCAUGACUCCAUCGAGCGGAGCCUCCGUCCUCCUUCCUUUCAAGUUCCGUCCACGGAGGGAGAGCGUGGACUGGCGGCGAAUCAAUGCCGUGGACAUAGAACUGGUGGUGAGCCAGCUGGAUGUGGAUGCACUGCAGGAGCACAUCAGCACGGUGACCUUCUGCAGCUUGGACGGGGAGCGAUGCCAGCGGUGCCAGAGCCCCGUGGACCCGGCUCUGGUGAAACUCCUGCGGCUGGCCCAACUCACCGUGGAGUGGCUCCUCCAUUGCCAGGAAUUCCUCACCCUCAAUCUGCAUGCGGCAGAGGAGAGGCUGGUGGCGGCCGGCAAGGAGCGCGAGCAGCUGCUGGCUCAGCAGAAGAAGCAGGAGGAGAAGGUGAAGGCGCUGACCGCCGAGCUCAAGCAGAGGAGGAAGGUUAUCCGCACCCAGCAGUCGAUGCUCGCGCCACGAAUCCUCAGCAGCCAGAAGUGUCUGCAGUGUGAUAAAACCUUCCUCAAUGCCUCUUUUCUCCAGAAUCACAUGCAACGCCGCCACCCUGACGAGUAUGAGAUCCAGGUGCGUUCAGACAGCGAGAAGCAAUCUCAGAUUGAAAGCCUCAAGUUGGAGAUCGGCAGUCUGAAAGAGCAGAUUGUUCAGCAGAAGCAGGAGUUGCAAGCUAAAGCAGCUCAGGAAAAAGAGCAGCAGUCUCUCCACAAAGACCUGCAGAGAGAAAUGGACCGUUUUAAGGCUGAGGAGAUGGCGCGGAUGGACAGAAAGAUAGAGGACAGCAGGGAUGGCAUACGCAGAGAGAUGGAAUUUCUGUACAGCCGAAAUAUUCAGGCUCUCAAUGAAGCAAAUCAGAAUCUGACAGCCAAGCAUGAAAAAUCAGCCAGCCCUGUUCACUCGCAGCCGGAGAGAGAUGUGGACAACUACAAAGAGAUGCAGAUACAAGCCAUCCACAAGCUGGAACAGCAAAUGAAGAAACAGGAUAAAAAGUGGGAAUCCAGGCUUCAGGACAUAAAGGCUCAACACGAGUCUGAAAAGAAUCAGCUGCUGAACGAGCUGAGCAGAAUGCAGUCGUCUGUGUCAGAGCACCAGGAACGCAGCCAGAGGCUUCAGCAGGAGAUGGGGAGGAGGCUGCAGGAGAAGGAGCAAGCCAUAAAGGCUCAGAGGGAGCAGAUAAGGAAUAUUUCUUCAAACCCACCCACCAAAGUCGUGGAAGUGCCAGUCAUUGUCAGUGCACCAGCUCCAGAGCUGAAACCAAAGAAAGUCAUACUUGACUCGAGCAGCUUCUCUGAGAGGAAGCCUGAGCCCGCACCAGAGAAGAAGCAGAGGGCGACUCUGAAAAGGAACACCAGCAUCAAGAAAGAAAUGCGGCCGGAUAUGGAGCAGUCUCUUAUUAGGAAACUGGAGAAACUCGGAGUCAAGCCUGAUCAGAGCGGUCUGAAGAACAAAGAGCUCACUUCCAUCCUGGCCAAGGUGCAUUCAGACCGGGAGAGCUUCGCAAAGGGGAAGCCCAGCUACUGGCGCCAGCGUGAGGAGAUUGUCGGCACUGUGGUGCAGAAGCUGGGUGCUCAGAGGAGAGGCAGCGACCCUGCUCCUGAGUCACAGACCAGAUCCAGACAAUCGGUUCAAGUGUUACAGAUCCGCCCUCGCUCCAGCAGCCUGCCAUCCAGAGCGACACAGGUGACGUCCGGACCUGCAGUCAAACAGCCAAAGACCCCCCAACCGGCACCGAGGACCAAGACCACCGUCCAGCCCAAGAUGUCUACACCUAACAGCAAGACCGUUCAGAGGGGCUACACCCCCAGGACCCCUCCUUUCAGUUCAGAUGAGGAAUCUGAAGAAGAAGAUUCAGACAUGGAGGAAGAACAGCCCAUAAAACAGCAGAGGGGCAAGUCGCCACAGUCUAGACCAAACCAGGCGACACCGGUGCAGAUCAGACCGAGCAAAGCCUCACCAGUUCAGGCCAGGCAGGUUCCAGCCAGACACUCUUUCCUCUCCAACCAGCAGCCAGCCCCAGGGACAGCGACAGCGGGCAGGGUCACCAAGACGGUAGUCACAAAGAUAGAGAGCGACGAGGAUGACGACUGGUCGGACGUCAGCGAGCUGCAGGAGAUCGACCCAAAACAGCUUCAGACUCACAAAGACCAGAAUGGCAAUGUGGAGAAGAGAAGCUUUGGGAAAGAGAAUAAAAUCAACGACCUGGCCAGAAAAAUGGAAAAGCAGUUUGCAGGGAGAGCAGUGAAGAAACCAGCAGGGGGCAUCAGCAUCCUACCAGAGAGAAAGGACGAGGUUCAGGACCUCACAUACACAGAUCUCGAGGAGAGCAGUGAUUGGUUGGUCUCCUCAUUAGAGGACAAACAGGAAGUGUCCAAACCAGCUCAGGGAUCUGGACCAAUGAGGAAGAGCCUGGACUCACCCAGCACCAGCGUCUGGGGAACCUCCACAGGAAAGGCUCCCAAGUCAGGUCUGACAGAAGCUGGAACAGGAAGCACCCUGAAGAGCAGCCUCUGCUCCCUCAGUGACAUCAGCGACUCCGAGGACAUUAGCAAUAAAUACAGUUAACACUACAGCUGAUCAGGUGACGCACAGACACAAAGACCUCACUAAGUAGCCAUGUUUUAUACUUUUAUCAUAUGGAUGCUAUAAUACAGACACAGCAAUACUUCACAAAGGGUUAUCAAAUGGUUUUCCAAUCAAGUAGUCUCACCUCGCGCCUUGUGCCAAUUCUUCUUUCCUUGCCUUAGACCCUUUCAGUGUUUUGAAAUAGAUUUUGUUUUUUGUAUAUUCAAUGAAAUAUAACCCCUGUGAGACACUAUAUGUAGCUUGUGUAAAAGCUUUGUAUAUCAAAUUUUAUAACGUCCUCAUGUGUCAAAUGGAGCAAUGAGAUGUGAUUUUUUAAAAGAAAAUAUUUAUACAAAUAAAAGAUUUCUUUGUGGAUUA